AUGACCAGAGCACCUUUCCAAUCAACUUCUCCAAGAAAUUUGGAAUUUCUUCCAAAUAUAAAUAGACUGUCAAACGAGCCAAUAGACAUUGCAAAUGUUUCAAAACAAAAACUCCAAAAGCAACUGAGUGAUUUAAGAAGAAAAUCAGUAAAUUUGGAGAAUAUUCCUUCAAGAAGUCAACAAGAAGAUCCACUCAGUUUUAAUGAGUUAAACAACGGAUAUUCAGGAGGGUUGAUUAAUACAAGCGGAAGCUCAGGAGCAAACUCACAUGGAUUUGGACAAAGAUAUGGAGGUGCAAUUUCAAAUUUACAAGCUGAAUUGGUAUCUCUAAGAAAAAAAUACUCACAAUUGGAGAAACAAUAUAAACAGGAGUUGCUAAGAAGAUCAGAUUUGGAGCAAUUAGAAAAAACAAUCAAAGACCAGAAGCUAUAUAUUAGAGAAUUGCAGAAUGAGUUAUCUGAUGAAAAAAGAAGAAGCAAAACUCGUGAAAUGAGUAUUAAAAAUAAGAAUAAUUCAGAAUAUGCAACAAAUGAGCAGUGGAAAGACAUGUUGGCAAGAUCUGAGCAGGAAAAGAGGCAGAAGCAAACACAAUUAACUGAGAAGGAAGCAGAAUGUGCAAAACUUUUAAAACAAAUUAAGGGUUUGAAUAAUCAAUUAGAAGAAAUGAGAGAAUUGGAGUCUAUUACAAAAAAUAAGCUUUCUAGAUUUGAGUCAGAAAUGAGUAAUAACAAGGAUAACUUAGAACAGAUAAAAAGAUUAAACGAAGAAAAUAAAAGUCUUACAGAAAAGAUUGAUCAAAUUUCAAGUGAAUUAAAUGAGACAUUAUAUAACAGAGAGUAUUCAAUUCAAGAAAUUAAUGAUUUAAAGCAUAUGAAUCAAGAGAUCACUGAAAAGAUGGGUAAGAAUGAGCAGAUAAUUAAACAAGCACAGGAAAACAUUGAUUUAUUAACCAAGGAAAAAGAAGAUAUCAUAUUGGAAAGAAAUAACUUGAAAAGUGAAGUCAAUGAGAUAAGAGAGGAGAACACUCGUUUGUUAACAAGAAUUGAGGAGUUAUCAGAGAUGAAAAAAGAAAUUGAGACAUCUAUUUCAAACUAUAAAUUAAGAAUUAAUACAUUAGAAUUGGAAAACAAAGAUAAAGUAUAUCAAAUAGAAACUCUUGAAACUAAUAAUGGCAAAUACAAAGAAAAAGAGAUUAAUUAUGUUAAACAAUUGGAGGAGAAGGUACAGGCUCUUGAUAAAUUAAAAAAAGAACUAGAACAUUUACGUAAGGAUAGGAACAAUACUAUUGGGAAUCUGGAAGAUAGAAUUAAGAUGCUUGAAAUUAGUAAAAAAAAGAGUGAAGAAAUUAUUUCUGAUUUAACCAGGAAAAAUGAAGAGUUAAUUAGAAAGAUUAAUGAAAAUAAUGAAAUCUGUCAGGAGAAAAAUGAAAUAAAUGACAGAAAUAUGGAAUUAAUGGAAAUUAACAAGAACAUAAAGGAACAGAUUAAUGAAAAAAUUAGAGAAAAUCAAAGUUUAUUAGAGGAAAUUCAAAUAAAAAGUAAGGCUCUAGAUGAUGGGGAGAAAAACUUAAAAAUGAUUUUAGCUGAAAAGGAAAAGAUUAUUAGUAAGCUUAAUCAGGACCUUGAAUAUGCACAAAAACAGAUCGAUCAUUUAAGAAAGAGUGAAGAAUCUAAUUUAGAAAAAGCCAACCAAUAUAUUGAAGAUAUUGAAUCAAUUCAAUUAGAGAGAGAAUCUCUUAAUAAGCAGGUUCAAGAUUUGAGUUUAAGGUGCUCCAAGUUUGAGAAUGCUCGUAAUUAUUUAGAAUCUAAAUUACUUAAAUACUUGGAAAAUCACGCUCUAAAAGGUUUAGAAUUAAUGAUUAAUGAUAAUAAUGAUAACCUGGAAGUAAAAAAUAAAUUGAUUGGUCAGAGUAUUGAUAUUAUUAUGAAAGAGUUUCAAUGCUUGAAAGAGAAGAAUGAAAAGAAUGAAUCCAUAAUCAGAGAAAAGCAGGAUGAAAUUGAAACAAUUAUUAAAGAAAAGAAGGAAGAAACAUUUAAGAAGGAGACAAUAAUUCAGGAACAAUUAGAUGAAUUAGAAAAGAUUAUUAUAGUAAAAGAAGAAGCCAUUGAAUUAAUUAAAAAAGAGAAAAAUCACUUGGAAAAUUUAUUGAAAGAGAAAGAAGAAGAAUAUGAGGAUAUUUUAAGAGCAAAGGAUGAGGAAUUGGAAAACAGAUUAAAUGAAAUGGAAGAAGAACUGAACCAGGUUAUCAAAGAAAAGGAAAAGGAGAAAAUUGAUGAAUCUGAAUCCAAAAUUAAGCAUAUGGAGGAGAAAUUUGCAAAGGUAAUUAAAGACAGAGAAGAGGAAUUUGAAGCAAAAAUUAAAGAAAUGAUGGAGGAAAUUGAGGCUAUUCGAAUCAAAAAAAACGAGGAAAUAGAAUCCCACUUAAAAGAAAGUAUGGAGAGAUUCGAAAAUAUUAUCAGGGAGAGAGAUCUGAAAAUUGAAUCCCUUAUUACUGAAAAAGAAAAAAAGGAUGAGGAGAUUCAGACCAUUUUAAAAGAAAAACAGCAAGAAAUUGAAGCUAUAUUCAGAAAAAACGAACAAGAAACAUUUGAUACAGAGAAAAUAGUUCAGGAUCAAUUAGAUGAAUUAGAAAAGAUUAUUAUAGUAAAAGAAGAAGCCAUUGAAUUAAUUAAAAAGGAGAAAAAUCACUUGGAAAAUCUUUUGAAAGAAAAAGAAGAAGAAUUUAUUUCAAUAACAUCCGAAAAAGAAGAUAAUAUUGCAAAAUUAGUCAAAGAAAAACAAGAUUUAGAAUUAGAAAUGAAAACUAAAGAUGAUUAUUUAAAAGAAAUUACCAAAGAAAGAAACGAAAUUGAAAUUGUUUCUAAUCAAUUAAAUCAAUCUAAUAAUCAAAAUGAACUCUUAAAAACUGAAAUUAUGAAAUUGGAAAAUACUAUUUCAAAUCUUCAUCUUGAAAACAAUCAAUUAUCUGAAAAGAUUCAAAAACUGGAAGCUGAUCAUAUCCAAAUUAUACAAGACGCCCAAAGAUUCCAGUCUACAAUUAAAGAUCAAGAAAGUCCUACAAAUAGUCUUGAGUUUAAUUCAAACAAUGCAAAACAAAUGUAUAUACAGAGUUUACAGAAUGAAAUCAAUGAACUGAGGUCAUUAAAUAGUGAUUUGGCUGAAAGAUUAUCAGAAUUAGAGGUAUCCAUGAUUCAACAGUCAUCCUCAGAGAGAUCUUAA